AUGAUAAUGACAAAUGGGAUAAAAGUCAAACGAAAUGGGUUUGGCACUCCGCUGCAUCCUUUUCAAAUAAUAAGCUGGGUGGUGGCGACAUUUCAUUUGUUUUUGUCCUCUAUUGUGAUAGUUACCAUGCUUGAUAUAACACCCAGGGUAUAAAACAUUCAGAUUAUUUUUGGGGUAGGUUUUUUCACCUCAAAAGCUUUCCUUAUUAUUUUAGCUUAUAAAGCUACGAAAAGUGAUCCUACAGAUCUGUGGCCAAAUCAACACAAAGAGAUUGUGUCUAGUGGAACACAAAUUACUCAAAACUGUGAAGCGUUUUGUACUAUAUGCAAUUGCUAUGUAAACCCGAAAAGCAAGCAUUGCAGUAGAUGCAAUCGAUGCGUUGAUAAUUUUGACCACCACUGCAAAUGACUUAAUAACUGUAUUGGAAAAAGAAAUUAUAAACUGUUUAUAUCCCUUAUUAUUUCCUUAGAAAUCAAUUUAUCAAUUUUAUUAGCUUUCAGCAUCUUUCUGAUUGAUGAAUACUAUAAUAAUUAUGAUGAAUUUCAUAAAAGAGCCACAGAAAAAUUCGAUUUUUGUGACCCAAUAAUCGUUUUGAUAUGGAUUAUUGCAAUCACUUCUGGGAUCUCUUUUAUUGCUGAUACUUAUUUAAUAUGCCUGCAUAUUUAUUUGAAAAAGCUUGGUAUGACCACUUUUGAUUAUAUCUUACACAAGCAAAGUCAAGCUGAAAAUAAGAAUAAAAGAAAUGCGUUUAGAGAAAGAGGUGUUGUAACACCUGAUGAAAAUCUAGAAGUUCCUGCAGCAAAGCCUAGAAAUAUUGGCAAAUUGAGUACUCCUUAUCCUGAUACUGGAGGGGUAAACACUCCAGGAGUACUUGACUUACAUUUUGACGAAACAGAACUAAGAUAUUCAAGGAAUACAUCCCUAGCUCAUCUUGCGUAA